CAAUAUUUACGGAAGUGAUGUCUGGUCCUGAACUGUCAUUGCUGUUGUGUUCUGUCCUGUAUUAUAAAUAUGUGUUAAACUCUUAAGAUACUCGGUUAUCCCUCGCCGUAAAGAUAUAAACCUGCUUGGCUCUCACUUAGCUUCAACGGUCUGCUAACCUGUUAGCUAGUAAGAGCAACUGACGUUAGCUAUAACGAAGCUAACUAGCUUCAAACCGCAUAGCUAACAAGGACUGUGCCUUUUGUUUUUGCUGCUCUGUGGAACAUGGUUACUUCGGUGUGUGUUUUUGUGGUCGUGUGAAGUCUAUGUACACGGUUAUUGUAUCUAGUACGUUGGGUUAUUUAUCUAGCUGGUGUUUCUUGUAACGUUGACGAAAGCUAACCGCUAGCUUGUUAGCCAGACGUUAUCACCAUGGGAGCCGAACAGAGCGUAGACUCGGAGCACAAACACUCCGACUACAGCUCCUCGGUGGUGCCCUCCCCAGCGAAGCAGAAAGCAAAGAUGGAUGAUAUCGUCAUUGUUGCUCCGGGGACUCAAUCACUGCGAAAUAUCCACAACGACCCAGAUGUUAUUAAGCUUCAGGAGAUACCUACCUUUCAGCCCCUUUUAAAAGGAGUGCUGAGCGGUCAGACGUCUCCCAGCAGUUUGUGUCUGGAGAGGCUGGACGCCGCUCAGGUUAUGCAGCUGUGCAUCCGCUACCAGGACCAUCUGCACCAGUGUGCCGAGGCCGUGGCCUUCGACCAGAACGCUCUGGUCAAGAGGAUCAGAGAGAUGGACUUGUCAGUGGAAACCUUGUUCAGCAUAAUGCAGGAGCGCCAGAAACGCUACGCCAAGUACGCCGAGCAGAUCCAGAAGGUCAACGAGAUGUCAAUGAUCCUCAGACGCAUCCAGAUGGGCAUCGACCAGACGGUGCCGCUGAUGGAGCGCCUCAACAACAUGCUGCCUGAGAGCGAGCGGCUGGAGCCCUUCAGCAUGAGGCCUGACAGGGAUUCAGCUUCCAAGUAGCCUCCUUAAACCAGAGCAGCUGAUUCUUACUGAGUCUACAUCCUGAGCUGAAGCCAGGAGGAAGUGCAGGUGUGUGCAGCUGUAGGGAUUACCCCUUUUAAGUUAGUUUGUGUUCAAAGUCAAGGUAGAGUUAAGGUUUGAAUAGGAGAGUCAGUUAUUUUAUUAUGUCCCUUAAUGCAGAAUAAGUGCUGUUAAAGUGGCAAUAGACCAUUUUUCCCCUGCUAGCGAUUAUUGUUGGUGCCACAACUAGGACAACUACUCCAGACUAUCAAGGAAAGAGCUAGAAAUAUAUUCUAAAAUGUUAUAUCGUAAUUAACUCCAAAAGCUGCUCGUAGUAAUCACAGACCAUGGCUCUUCUGCCAACACCACAGGAGGUCGCUCCCUUUCCUCUUGGCAGUCUCUUCCAAGCUGCAACCAACCCAGCUACUCAGCUUUAUGCUAAUGAAUGUAACUGUGACAUUUUAAAGCCACUUUUUGGGGCUUGUUCUAGUUUAUUUAAUUGGAAAAGAGUUGGCAGUACUGCAGAGGACACAGUGCAUUCUGUUUCCACGGCUUUGUGCCAUAAAUCGAGCCUACGUGAUGUGAUCUUU